GCACGUCCUUUCACAAACAAACAUGGCUCCUCCUACAUUGCUCAUUCUUCUCCUUCUAACCUCUUCUUCUUUCGCUAAUUCUGCUUUCACUUCUGAUCAUUACUCCGACGCCCUCACCAAAUCCAUCCUCUUCUUCGAAGGCCAAAGAUCCGGCAAGUUACCUGCAACCCAACGUCUCAAAUGGAGGGCUGAUUCCGCCUUACACGACGGUUCUUCCGCCAAUGUGGAUCUAGUCGGAGGUUAUUACGAUGCAGGUGAUAACAUGAAGUUUGGGCUCCCCAUGGCGUUCACCACCACUAUGCUUGCAUGGAGUAUCAUCGAGUUUGGUGGGUUUAUGCAAUCGGAAUUAGGGAAUGCGAAAGCUGCCCUUCGUUGGGGCUCCGAUUAUCUUCUGAAAGCAGCCACCGCCACCCCCGGCACAUUGUAUGUACAGGUGGGGGAAGCUAACUCCGAUCACCAAUGCUGGGAGAGACCGGAAGAUAUGGACACAUCACGAGGUGUCUACAAGGUGUCGGCUCAAAAUCCGGGAUCUGAUGUGGCUGCAGAGACUGCUGCUGCACUGGCUGCGGCUUCCAUUGUCUUUCAAGACUCCGAGCCUUCUUAUUCACAGAAAUUACUUCAAACAGCCAUGAAUGUGUUCAAAUUUGCAGACCACUAUAGAGGCUCUUACAGCGACUCGCUACAUAAUGCUGUGUGUCCGUUUUACUGCUCGUAUUCAGGAUUCAAUGACGAGUUGCUGUGGGGAGCGGCAUGGAUACACAGAGCCUCUCAGGAUACCAGUUACAUGACUUACAUUCAAUCAAAUGGUCACUUAAUGGGUUCAGAAGACGACGAUUUCUCCUUCAGUUGGGAUGACAAAAGAGCAGGGACAAAAGUUCUUCUUUCCAAAAGCUUUCUCGAGAACAAAAUCGAAGAAUUUCAGUCGUAUAAACAGCAUUCAGAUAACUACAUUUGUUCAUUGAUUCCAGGAUCACAGAAUUCCCAAGCACAAUACACCCGAGGAGGUCUGUUCUACAAACAAGAAGGGAGCAAUCUCCAGUACGUGACGACCUCCUCCUUCCUCUUGCUAACGUACGCCAAGUAUCUUGACUCGAAUGGUGGUCGUGCUUCUUGUGGGGCUUCAACGAUCACAUCGGAGAUGCUAAUAGUACAAGCAAAGAAGCAGAUUGACUACAUAUUGGGUGAUAAUCCGAUGAAAAUGUCGUACAUGGUGGGGUUUGGUGAUCGAUACCCGACACACAUCCACCACCGGGGAUCAUCGGUACCCUCUGUUCGUGAUCAUCCUGAUCGUAUAUCUUGUGACGCCGGACAUCGGUACUUCAAUUCUGGUUCACCCAAUCCGAAUAUACUCGUUGGAGCGAUUGUCGGAGGUCCAGAUCGUAAUGAUAACUAUGCAGAUGAUCGGAGCAAUUAUAUUCAGUCGGAGCCGGCUACUUAUAUUAAUGCUCCAUUCGUUGGAGCUGUGGCGUUCUUCUCAUCACAUUGAAAUUAGGGUUUCAUGUUAGCCAAUGGAUGGUUGAGGAUUGAGAGAUGCUAGUAAUCAAUCGCAUGUAUGAUCCCAUUUCCUUGGCUUGCCAAUUUAAUUAAAAAGCUUUUGCUCUA